GUUACUGUUGCUAAGUAAGAAGGGGAACGCGACACUAUGGUUGCCUAACAACGGAACCCAAACUUUGUGUAGAGACAAUUAGCUGCAGAUCUUAUUCAGCCACUAACACAGUCUGUAGGAUGAGUGCUGGACGAGUGUCAGAGGGAGCCGGCUGCAUUACCUGGUGGGGUUUCAGUCCUGCCCUCGACUUGCUGAGCACAGGCCCUGCGAGACAAGAAGGGGAGGUCAAUGUUCUGUUGGUAGGCAGUGGAGAUCCGCGACAUAUUUUGAAGACCAUUGCUGGUUUUCAGAAGGAAAAAGGUCUUCAUGUAUGGGUGAUAGAAAACAGCAUGGACGUGGUGGCUAGACAGCUGCUGCUCCUCUACCUGGCACUGAUGCCCCAAGAAAGGAUAGGACUUAAUGAGAAGACUGAAGUUUACCUCGAAGUGUUUGGUAACGGUGAGAUCCGUUGUCAGACAGAGGAGAUACUGAGGCAUGCAGCCUCCCAGCUUUCUCUUUGUGUCACUGAAACAAUGGAGACAGCCUCACACCCCUGUCUGAACACAACUCUACUCAAGUUUAAGGAGCGAGAUCAGCUGGCCAAUAUAUUCAAGACAUGGAUGCAACCUCAGUCUUCAACGUCUUCAUCUAAGGGUUCCACCCCUGUCCUUAUGUCCAAAGCCUGGGACGAUCGGGUCAGGCAGCACCUUGGAACACGCUACGACGCCAGGAAAGGCUGCUUCGACUGGGACCUUACAAUGAAACUGCACCAGAAAGGGUGUGAUGUCAUCAACAAACAACAGUAUGUGCGAUGGAGGGAACGUGGAUUGGCAUUUGAAAUGAGGGAUGGUGUUUACCAAGUAAGCAAUCCCAGUUUGCUCUCCUUCAGAGUGUUCAGUCAGAGGGGCAACAAAGUGGCUGUGAGGGGUUACUGGGGAGACAUAGUUGCCAGUCCUUAUCUUUCUUUUGGCAUUGAAACUGAUGACAAGAGCCAACAGAAGACACAAAAUGGGCACCAUACCGAGUCAGCCCAGGAUAUCUCCUUUGCAAAUGUGCAACUGUUGUUCCAGUCACUGUCUGGUAGACAUGGCAGCCCCUCCGCUUCUCUGUCAGACACAGAGCAUCAGGAGCCAGCCACACUGACUGACCAAAGAGCUGUCACGUUGAAUGACUUGAUGCAUUUCAGUGGAAUCUCUGUCACCUUCCUGCCUGUUGACUCACUUUGCAAACUGGCAGAAAAGCAGAAAUACUCCCACUUUUUCAACACCAUUUAUCUCUCUGUGAGCUGUGUACACCAGUUGGGCCCGGCCAUUAAACAGAUUGCAGCACCCAAUGCUGUGGUUGUUAUGGAGCUGGCCAAGUACAUUUUGGAUCUGAACAAAGAGCAAGAAGCAGGCUUUGCUGAGAAAGUGGUGAACAUUGCUCUUGAAGCUGGAUUUGAACCGUGGCAAGAGGGGAAGACCAAUGAUGUCCAUGCUUUUUUCAUACCACAGAAGAGCACAUAAUGUUUUACUCCGUUUCAGCAUAACAUGAAAAAACAGAACAAAAAAUUAACUGUAACUUUUGUAAGCCAUGAUAAUGAUAAUAUUGUAAAGGAGGUCUUAAAUAUGAUCCUCAAAGCUAUAUGAAAGACAUUGUGCUAAAAAUUACAUGAUCCAAGGAAAAGUCAUUGU